GACGUUCUUAUCGUUGGAUUUGGUGCAGUCGGUGUACUCUACGGAUGGAUAUUAGAGCAAUCAAAAGGUGUGAGAGUAACAGCUGUCGCUCGCUCGAAUUAUCAAAUAAUUCAAGAUCAAGGUGUUCAAUUGGAAUCCGCGAAAUUCGGUAAACACAACUGGAAACCGUAUAGAACACUUCAUGAUACGCACCAAGCUGCUGACAGAGACUACAAAUAUAUUAUUUGCACCUUCAAACAUCUCCCAGAUGUCCACCCAACCGAGGAGAUACUGGGUCCCUGCUUACACCGCUCGAAUUGUUUUGUUUUAUUGCAAAAUGGUCUCGGAAUUGAAGAGCCUCUUCAGUCUGUUCUCCCAAAUGCGACGAUCAUCAGUGGUGCUAUCUGGAUUGGCGCAAACCUGAGAGAUUCUCGCAGGGUUAUUCACAACGAUCUCGAGAGACUGGUUAUAGGGAGAUUUAAGGGUGAAUUAAGAGGACCAAAUCAUCAGCCUGUACUGUCAAGCAUGCCAGGGAGGGAAGCUGAUACUCUUGUGCAUGACUUGGCAACUCUUCUACGUGAAGGUGGCUCUCAAACACAGGAUGUGCCGGACAUACAACCUUUCAGAUGGAAGAAGAAUCUGUGGAAUGCUACAUUCAGUACUCUUGCAACACUCGCAGGCGAACCAAUGUCAGAACUCAUGCGAGACGACAAUUUACAAUUUGUGAUACCAAUCGCUAGGCGGACAAUGUUAGAAAUUCUCUUCACUGCUCGCGCUGUUGGUAUUUCUGAGGAUGAUCUUCCUGCUACUGCUGUUGAUGAACAGCUCACAAUUACCCUUCAGCAAUUCGGAAGCAUACUGCAUGCAGACGAAAAACGCAAAGGUGAAAAUGAGGAAGCAGCUGCAGGUCGUGCUGGCUUCAAACCUUCAAUGCUAAUCGAUUAUGAGCACUCACGUCCUAUGGAAUUGCAAUGCAUUUUAGGAUCAAUGGUUCAGCGUGCACGUGAAUUUGGACUUGAAACACCACGUCUCGAUCUCGCAUAUUCUGUUCUUUCCGUUAAGCAGCGCAGCUUUAUAGAGAAG